GAGAAAUUAGGACAGCAAAAAGAGAUAUCGAAAUAUGAUUUAUCAUUUUGCCUGUAGCAUUUGAAGACUAUUCAAAGUAUUAGAAGCCAUCGGUCAUGUUUGCUUGUAAAAACUGAAGAGAUGGUUUUUCUCCUUUUUUCCUGAAAGAACAAGCUGCCAAAAUCAAAAUCCAGAAUGCUUCAUUAUAGUCUAAUUCUCCAACAGUUCAACAAAGACGAUCAUUUGGUAUAUCUGGGACAGCUUUUUAUCUUUUUUGAGAUGUGUUUUAAUUUUCAAUUUGCUUCUGUUCUCGAUGAUAAGUGAAAGCAGCGUUUACAUGGUUUGAUCCUGAUCUUUGCUUAUUGCUUUGACUUGAAAGACUGACUGUUAUUAAAGGGAUGCAGGAAGCAUUGAUCUCAACUCAAAAGCCACAGGGACUGCCUUUAUCCUUUUAAAAUCAAAAUGCAUUUCCUCCUAUAGUUUUCUUUAUACAUGACUGAACAUACUGACAAAGAACAAGAAACACCUGUAGCAACAUUGGUGUCAGACAAUCUAGAAGCAGGAAAAAAAAGAACGUCAUCUGCUCUUGAAGAAGGAAGCCAGGAGGAAUCCAAGUUCGGUUCUCGAUUGCUAGUUGAUGAAAACGACGUCUUUGCUCAUAAUGCUUGGGAUCAUGUUGAUUGGGAUUCAGAUCAAGAGGAGAUUGCAAAGGAAAAAGUAGCACUUCAACUUGAACAUCCUGUACCUGAACAAGAGCAAGCUCAAUACUAUUCGGAUCCUGCAGAAUAUUGGAACAAGUUUUAUCAAAAGAAUGAAAAUCGAUUCUUUAAGGAUCGUCACUGGCUCAAGAUUGAGUUUCCUGAACUGUUUGAGACAAGUCAAGAAGGUGCAGGCAAAAAGCGUGUAUUUGAGAUUGGCUGUGGUGCAGGAAAUACCAUGUAUCCUUUACUAGAAGCAAGCAAAAAUCCUGAACUAUUUGUCUAUGCAGCAGACUACUCAAAGACAGCUGUGGAUGUAGUAUUAGGCAACAAGGACUAUGAUCCUUCACGAUCGUGUGCUUUUGUGUGGGAUCUCACCAGUCCUAAUAUCCCUGAGCAGAUUGAACCUGAAUCACUCGACAUGAUUGUGUUGAUCUUUGUCUUGUCUGCUUUAGCACCCGAACAAUGGAAUCAAGCCAUCAAGAAUAUCUAUAAAAUGUUGAGGCCUGGAGGACGCGUCUUGUUCCGUGAUUAUGGUCGUUAUGAUUUAGCACAACUUCGGUUUAAAAAGAACCGUUUACUAAAAGAGAAUUUCUAUAUUCGUGGUGAUGGUACUCGAGUCUACUUCUUUACUCCAGAAGAAAUUGCUGGUUUAUUCCAACAAGACAAGGAAGGAAAGGCACUGUUUUCAAUUGAGCAAAAUGCUGUAGAUCGUAGAUUGAUUGUCAAUCGUCAACGUAAACUAAAAAUGUAUCGCGUUUGGUUACAAGGCAAAUUCAAGAAACUGUAGAUACUUGUAUUUAUUUGACAAUCUGUGGUGUGGCUGACUGUAUUUGACAAUAUAUUAAAGGUGUGUACAAAAAGGUUAAUUACAUAAAAGAAAGUUUAAGUCAAUUUGGUUGCAUCUAAGCCCCAGUAUUCCUCUAAGUGAUCCAGGAUGGCUGG